CCCCGCCGCGUCGCCGCCGGGGGGCGCUGUGCUACUCGCUCCGCAGCUGUGCGAGAAAACAAAUCAAGGCAGCGUGGUCCGUGGGGGCUGAACCGGCUGACAGCGCGAGUUCUGAAACAGUAAAGCUUCAACUUCGGACCUCGUAUCGGAGUCAGCAGGAGAAGAACCGCCGUGAAGAUAUCCGGCUGUUUCUUUCUCGGUAGUAUUUUUUUUUUUUUUGUACAACUCUGCACACGUCGCAUGUGUCUCCCUGCGGUAUCAACCAACGACGCCUGCCAGAAUGGACUUCCCCGGUCAUUUCCAGUAUAUUUUCCAGCAGCUCAACCAGCAGCGGCUGUGUGGUCACCUGUGUGACUGCGUGGUGCUCGUCGGACCCGAGAGCUUCCGGGCUCACCGCUCCAUCCUGGCGGCGUGCAGCUCCCACUUCAGGGCUCUACUGAGCUCCAGCAACGCUCGUGCUAAGGUUGGUGGACCAGGAAAUGACUGCGAUGGUCCCUGUGUGAUUGAGCUAGAUCCAGAGGUGGUGACCCCGGAGGCCUUCUCCACCUUGCUGGACAUGAUAUACACCUCCACCCUCUCCCCUGGGACCUCCAAUGUGAUGGAUGUACUGUUGGCGGCGUCGCACCUGCAUCUCAACAACGUGGUGAAGAUCUACAAGCUCCACCUGUCCAGCAGAAACGUUCCUGUUGCCCCGAAAGGCUGGGGGUCAGUGCAACACGCCACUUCGGUCAUGGAGGAGUGCAGCGAUGAGGAGGAAACCGGGGUGGAGGUUAGUCAGUCUGUUGGGGUAGAAGCCCAGGGGGUGAGUGGGGAGCGAGGUGCUGCACCAUUUUCGUACAAGAGGAAGUCUCAAGAGGACGAGCUCGGCCACAGAAAGAGGCCCUGCAGGCCGGAUGAGGGACACUAUAAGGAAUGUUUACUUACUGUAACUAGAAACACCAGCGCAGAGGAGGGUGGAGUGGAGAUGCUGUCCCCGGACUCCCUGAAGACCACCAACAGACUCUGGGAGAGCCGAGGAGGAGGGGGCAAGGAGGAGGAUGGGGGGGAGAUCCAGCUGCCAAGGCCAUCGAACUUCACAAUGGGAGGUGUAGUUGCGUGGAAGGAUGGAGAUACAGAGGGAGACACUGUGGUCAAAGUAAAGGUGGAAAAGGGAGAUCGGCCAAAGCUGAUUGAGGGGGGGGAAGCGCACUCUCCAGGUCUAGCAAAGCAUCCUCCUCCAUCUCCACCAGAAGACCACACUGACCAUUUUGACUCUCAACCAAAUGAGGAGAAAGCGGCCCCAGUCUUUUUACCAUCUCAGCUGUGCGGAGAUCUUCAAACUGAUGCCCAGAGAGAGGCUGGACCUUUGGGUGAGGGGUCAGUAGACGUGAAGAGUGAAGGCCUAUCGGAACUUGCUCUUUCCGGUUUCCUCAAUCCCAGCAGGGAAAGUGUAACGGGAGCCCAGGAGGAAGGAGACAGACUGGCCAGCCUCACUGCUGCCACGGCCAGCGAUGCUCCUGCAGGACAUACUGUAAUCCCUGGCCCCUUGCGGCAGCUUCUCCCCACUCAGGGCCCCGAUUGCAGUGACCCGCCCACCCAGAGCCCUUCAGCGGGGUUCCCGGUUUGCAACAGACCCCAUCGCAAAAAGUCCCUCAUCCAGCCACCCGAGGACAGGACAACCUUCGGUCGCGUUGCCCCUAAAGUGCCUGGACAUGAAGUGCCUGUGGGAGAUUCUUCAAAAGGUCCGCAAUGGACUGGAGCUGCUGAAGACAAAAUGCUGCAGGUGACAGGGGAGAAGAAGUACGCCUGCAAAAUCUGCUUGAAGACCUUCGUGAAAUUCAGAAAGUGUAAGGAACACAUCCAUGGCCACACGAGCAAAACCCUGUCCAAAGUGUGACCAGCGCGGAGCCGGUGACGGGGAGGUACAGUGGCUCAGAGCAACGCAAUUCUUGGAAAGGAUUUACUCUACACUAGAUUAUUCAUUACCCAACGUCCUCUAUUUGUUUUGGAUUUGAUGUUACAUGAUUUCAAGGUCAAUAAGUUAAUGUUAUUAUGUCGGGUUGAAAUGUUCGAAUUCUUUUUCCCCUGAAAUGCAACAAAUUCCAUUUUUUCCAAACUGAUGUGAACGCAAUGCAAAUAUCCUAUGUUGACCUAAGAGUGACAUUGAGUGAUAAAAUAAUUAUAUCUAUUUUGAGUAUGCUACAUUUGUAAACACACAAAUAUACAGAAAUGUAUAUUUUACACAUCUGGAGCAUUGUAUGAUUUGUAUCACUGAAUU